AUGCAUGAGCACAGUUUCCAUCAAAGUUCUUUCACCGUGUUCAUAAUGGAGUCCCGCAAAGCUUCCCUAUUUUGGUGGGUUUUGAUCUUCUUCCUUACCAUUUCCUUGUGUGGAGUGAAGGCAUUAAGUGAAGAGCAUCAUGGCAAGGCUCACGAGGGACAUGUGGUGGAAAGGGGUCUAAGGAGGACAUUGCUUGUCACUGAAUACGGAGAGAUCUUAGCCAUUGAUGUCAAACUAGGCCACAAACAACUGCCCUACCAUCUUCAGUUCUUCACAUUGGAGCCGAACUCGCUGUUUCUUCCUGUGAUUCUCCAUGCAGAUAUGGUCUUUUAUGUUCAUACAGGGAGUGGAAAGCUGACUUGGGCACAUGAAGGUGGUACAAGCACGAUUCAAUUACGUCAAGGAGAUCUCUGUAGUCUCAGUGAAGGAUCUGUUUUCUAUAUACAGAGCAACUUGGAGGCUGAGAGAAGGAAGCUUCGGAUUUAUGCGAUGUUUUCCAAUACUGAUGACAACACUUACGACUCAUCAAUCGGAGCUUACUCAAGGAUCAAUGAACUGGUCAGAGGCUUUGAUAAGAAAAUCAUGCAAGCAGCUUUGAAGGUGCCAGAAGAUUUAAUUGAAGCAAUCACAAACAAGACCGAGACACCAGGCAUAGUGCAUGCGGUUUCAGAGAAGCCUAAUACAGUGUGGGAAAUGGAGGCUUCGUUUCUUAAAAACUUCAUACGCGUUGGGUCCAAUUCCAAGAAACUCAAAACAUACAACAUCUUUGAUAAUGACCCUGACUUCAAAAAUCGUAAUGGCUGGAGCAUAGCAGUGACCAAAAAGCAACUAAAAACAUUGAAGCGCAACAAUAUUGGAUUCUUUAUGGUGAACCUGACCAUGGGAUCAAUAAUGGGGCCACAUUGGAAUCCAAGGGCAACGGAGGUAGCGGUGGGGUUGGAAGGGGAAGGAAUGGUUCGAGUGGUAUGUGGAAGCAGCAAUGAUGCGGAGAGAGGAUGCCAAAACAUGAGGUUUAAGGUUAAGCAGGGAGAUGUUUUUGUGGUGCCUAGGUUUCAUCCAAUGGCUCAGAUGUCAUUCGAGGAUGCACCGUUUGUUUUUCUUGGCUUUAGCACCGCGGCAAAGAAUAAUCAUCCUCAAUUUUUGGCGGGAAAGGGUUCAGUGCUUCAAAUUCUAGACAAACAGGUUGUGGCUACUUCUUUCGGUGUCAGUGGCAGAACCGUGGAUCAGCUUUUGAGUUCUCCUGAUGAUUCCAUCAUUUUCGGGUGCGAUUCAUGCGCGGAGGAAGAAGAGAUGAUGAUGAAGGAGGAAGAGGAGAAGGAGAAGAGGGAGGAAGAGGAGAGGAAGAGAAAAGAAGAGGAGGCUACGAAAAAGAAGGAAGAGAAGGAGGAGGAGGAAGCUAGGAAAAAAGAAGAGAGGAAGCGAGAGGAAGAGGAAGCAAGAAAACAACAAGAAGAGAGGGAAAGGAAACGAGAGGAAGAGGAAGCCAGGAGAGAGAAAGAGGAAGAGAGGCAGCAAGAAGAAGCAAGGAGAAAGAAAGAAAAGAAACGAGAAGAGGAAGCAGAGAAGGAGCAAGAAGAAGCUAGAAGAGAACAAGAGAAGAGGGAAAAGAAACGAGAAGAGGAGGAAGCAGAGAGGGAGAGAGAAGAAGAGGAAGCUAGGAGAAAGAAAGAGGAAGAAAAGGAGCAGGAAGCAGAGAGGGAGGAGGAGGAAGCCAGAAGAGAGAAAGAAAUUAAAAGAAGGGAAGAGGAGGAAGCACGGAGGAAAAAAGAAGAAGCUAGAAGACAAAAAGAAGAGAGAGAAAGGAAGAGAGCAGAGGAGGAAGCUAGGAGAGAGCAAGAAAGGAAAAGAGCAAAGGAAGCAGAGAGGGAGGAAGAAGCAGAAAAGGAACAAGAACAGGCUGAAAAACAGCAGGAACAGAGGGAAAGGAGGCGAGAAGAGGAAGACGAAGAAAAGGAAGCCGAGAGAAGAAAGAGGCCACAUAAACGAGAGAAGGGAGAAGAAGAUGCAAAAUGGGAGGAAGAAACAGCCAGAAGACAGCAAGAAGAGAGGGAAAAGAGGAGAGAACGGGAGAGUGAUAAUAAUAAAUUUAUGGAAAGAGGAGUGGAAGGGCAAACAAGGUUUGAUGGAAGGAGAGUUCUGAAAAUAAGGAAAGUUUAGCCUGAUGCAUCUUAACCCGGCUAGGGACUUGAGCUGAUAGUGUGUUAGAAUAACUUCUUUUUUUUCAUGCCAUUGUUACGUUUUGCAUCUGGUUGUGAUUUCUGCUUCUUUGUUCCGAAGAAGUCUGUGUCAUGG